AGUGUGAUGAACACUCUGAUGCAGAUGGGUCCCAUGAUGGUAAUGGAAGGUCCGAAUGGUAUGCAUCAGGCGUUCCCGCAACCCUCACAACAUAUACAACAAGCACCACCAAUCACAUCCAGUAUGAACAGAUCACAAAGAUGCGGUGUAUGCCGCGGAUGUCAGUGCAAACCAUGCGGACAGUGCACUUAUUGUCAAGAUAGCCCACAAUUUGGAGGACCUGGUGUCAAAAAACAAAGUUGCAUCGAGAGGAGAUGUCUACGUGUGUUAGAAAACAGACUACAGAGAGACGCUCCCACAUUCAAGGCUCGUGUUGGCUGUAAUCAAUGCGAAGAUUGUCGUAUGCCAGAUUGUCAGAUUUGUCUAGUCUGCUUAGAUAAAAGAUUUUUCGAUAACCGUUACAUGACCGGUGCAAUGUGUGCAAAGAAACGUUGCAAUAAUGCGACAAGUAUUGAAUUGCCAGCACAAUCACCACAAUCUAUGCACGAAUUUCAACAGAGACAGGCACAAAAACGCGCCUAUGAUCAAGCGGCACCACCGCCUAUUCAUUUCGAUAUGAAACGUCGAGGUAUGGACAUGAACUAUGCGGCAAUGUCUAUGCAACAAUUACAACCACAUUCACCACAACUUGGACCCCCACAAGGCAUGGGACAACAACAGGGACCACCCGGAAAUGCGCGUAUUUUAGCGAUUAACCCGGCGAUGAAUUAUGAUUUUGCAGGCCUCCCAGCUAUGGGAGCCCCGCGAAUGCUGCAAUGUGGACCACCACCGCCACCGCCGCCACCAUUGAAUGAGCCAUCCUAUCUUCUACCAACCUAUGGUCAUACAUCUCCCACACCGGUUGACUUCUACAAUCCGAAGUCGUACACAUUUGAAGAGAUCACACCCAAUGGCGAUCCAUUCAUUCCACCCAGUUAUGCGCCCGAGAUGAAGAAUGCCGUUGUACUGCAGCCUCUAUAGUGUGUUGAUGUAUCUUUGGCUGUUUACCCACGACGGCAACUCUUCUUACCUAGGUAAUGAUCGUAGUCUGUGAUGUAAAACGAAGAAAAACCGCGUCAUAAUUUUUUUCGCAGAAGCGCAUUAUAUCGUUGUUAAUAAGGUACGAAUUGUGAUUUGUGCCCACUUCGCUGGGCAGUGGGUGGAUUGAGUUCGGCUUAGAGCGCAGAUAUUUAUAGAGCUAUUGAGAGAAGUUCACAAUCCGCCACUGCUCGCCAGGCAGGCACAUCCCCCGUAAUCAGUCGCGCGGUUAGGACCGGGCUUGACCCCCCGCACACGAACCAGGAACCCACAAUAAACCUCUUACCACACGGGUGCUAGCUACUUGAAUUGUUGCGAACACCAGUGCAUUGUUGUGCCUCCUUCUAGCAUCUAUAGCAAAUUCCAAGCAGCCACCACCCCCUUGUUACCGUAACCUCAUGUCAUGACAAAUUCGCGUCAGGACACCACUCACAUACUCUUUCUUAUCCUAGGUCAAGCUCAGCAGUGAAGAGUCGCAAAUCCAUAGAAUUUAGGCUAUGCUCAUCUUCACUCAUCUUCAUCAAAACGCGCCAACUUAAUCUCUUUGCCCCGUAGAAACCGGCCCUCAAACUCCGUCCCCGCUCGCUUCCACCCCGCCCCCUCACUACCCGUUUUCGUACUCCGAUGUUACUGAAACUUUCUAUGCCGCAUCAGGGACUGUUACGUUUAUUAUCCUUUUUUUCUCUCUAAUAUUUCUCUUGCUACAAAUGAAUAUUAUCCAUUUUCAUGAUAUUUUUCCAUCCUACACACGCUCUACAGUUUUGUUAUGUUGUGCAAUGUGCUAUCACUGCUGUUCACUCCCGUUUCUCGAGCUUCCCUCACUCCCAAUGAACACCUCCACGAAUACGAACUCCUCCCAAUACUCUCUCCCCUAAAAUUGUAACUCCUCCCCCAAAGUAGGCGAGCAUGAGAUGUGCUGAAAAAUGCGCCUCUUACGCAUGCUUUUCAUUUCUGAUCACAACGGCCCCGAAACUUUGUUUAUUGAUUUAUUGAUUUUUCUCUGUAUGCUAAGCAAUAUUCGUUUUUAUUCUGCAAGUGUUUAAAUGUUGUCGAGUGCCUUAUAUCUCGUUAUUUUCUUCUCUCUAUUUCACUCCUCUAUUUUCACGAGCAAAAUUCCCUUGUCGUGGUGUCUAAAUUGGUUUACUUAUGCGCAAAACAGAUGCCAAAUAUAUGUUGCACAUGUCGUAGGCGUUCUCUAUGAUACUACUCGGCCUCAGUCCCCGUCCCGCCCCCUAGACAAACCCCGCCCCCGACCAAAAUCUACCAUGAAAUUAUUUAGAGCUAUUUGUCGUUUCGUUGCGAUGUGUGUUUUCUGUUAUACGAAAUCUAUAUUACUCAAAAUGUGCGCUUUUUCUUUAUGUGUUUCUAUUGUUUGUUUGUUUAUCGAUGAGAUUUCAAUUAGCGCUGAAUUGAAGCGCAAGCGUCACGGGCAUCUCAGCGUUGUAUCGUAGUAGCACCGCCCCCUACCCCAUUCUCUCUCUGUCCUUUCUCAUCUCCUAAUCGAUUUAUCGAUUUUUCUGAUGUGACCUUUUUUGUAUCUCUCUCUUUGUCUCCUUUCAUCCCCCCUUUCUUGGCACCUACCGAUGUACAGUGAUCCUUCACCGAUUUUUAUGAUAUAACACUUUGUAGUCGCAAACUAAGAACAGAUUUCUUGCAACACAUUUUCUCUCUACUCUUUGUUUGUAAAAUAUCAUUUAGAGAUUGAACGUAAGCGUGCUCCAGGUUAUUCAUUUUGGUGUC